GCUAUAGAGAAAGUGCUUUUGCCUUCGCCAUCUCCGCUGCUGGCGUAGCUCAUAGUGUGGCUCGUGCCUGCAGUCAGGGACGUUUAAUGUCAUGCGGUUGUGAUCCUUCGGUGAAUCGCAAAACUCUUAAUAAAAAUCUCAGACAAAGUCUAGACAAGGAAAAGAAACAAUUUCUACAAUAUCUGGAAACGAAUCAAAUCUUAACGGCUGAAGAUGAAAAGAAAUAUGAACGUUCGAAAAUUGCCAGCCGAUGGAAAUGGGGUGGUUGUUCACACAAUAUGGAUUUUGGUGUGGAAUUCUCAAAGCUAUUUCUGGAUUGUCGAGAAAAAGCUGGCGAUAUACAAUCAAAAAUAAAUCUACACAAUAAUCAUGCUGGGAGAAUAGCCGUUUCCAAUAAUAUGGAAUUUCGCUGUAAAUGUCACGGCAUGUCUGGAAGUUGCCAAUUGAAAACAUGCUGGAAAUCUGCUCCUGACUUUCAUGUUGUUGGCAAAGUAUUAAAACAUCAAUUUCGAAGAGCUCUUCUCGUUGAUCAAUCGAACCUGGGCAAUGGAGAACCCAUAGUGGUGCUAAAAAGAUCACGUAAUAAAAAAUCCAAUAAUGGUUUAACCAAUACCGAACGAACCAAUGAGCGACACGAAAGACCCUCGAAUACAAAAGUGAAUACGGAAAAGAAUGCUCAAAGAUCUGCCCGCAAAUUAGAAACUUCACUAUUCUACUAUCAAAGAUCACCCAAUUUCUGUGAAAAAGAUCCUACAGCGGAUAUUUUGG